GAGAGCACACACGCUCACACACACACUCACACUUUGUACUGUAUGCUCAUCAGCAGUCUGUCUCUUCACUACCCGAAGGAGCCAUGUCUGCAGUGAAGCUGGAGGAGUUUCGAGAGCGGAUUCGUAAAGAACUGGACACCACAGUGGACUUCUGGCUCCAACACUCUCACGACCCUUUGCAUGGAGGCUUCUUCACCUGUUUGGGGAGGGAUGGGGAGGUUUAUGAUGAGCUGAAGUAUGUCUGGCUGCAGGGGAGACAGGUGUGGAUGUAUUGUCGUCUGUACAGAACAAUGGAUCGCUUCCAUAGGCCUGAAAUCCUCGAAGCAGCAAAAGCAGGAGGAGCAUUCCUGAGGAAGUUCACUCGUGUCCCCGGCGCCGGCAGUGGCCAGUGGAAGUGUGCCUUCUCCUUAACUAGAGACGGAAAAGCAGUGAAGAUUCAGAGGACUAUUUUCAGCGAGUGCUUCUACAUUUUGGCCAUGGACGAACUGAGCAGGGUUACUGGGGACAAGGACAUGCAGCUGGAGGCUGAGCAGAUGAUGGAGCAGCUGAUCAGCUGGGUGCGGGGGGAUCCGGCAGGCCUGGGCCGGCCCCAGCUUCCUGGAGACGUCCCCACCAACAGUAUGGCAGUUCCCAUGAUGCUGUUGUGUCUGGUGCAGCAGCUCACUGAAGGUGGGGGGGCAGAGGUCGUUCAGAAGUACACAGAGCUGGCCAGCUGGUGUGUGCAGCAGAUUCUACAACACAUCCAGAGAGGCGGCACAGCUAUUUUAGAGAAUGUGUCUGUGGAUGGAGCAGAGCUGCCGGGGUGCCAGGGCCGGCUGCAGAACCCAGGCCACGCCCUGGAGGCCGGCUGGUUCCUGCUCCAGGUCAGCGCCCAGCAGAAGGACGAGGCUCUCCAGAGGACGGCCAUCGACAAGUUCAUGGAGCUCCCCUAUCAGAACGGCUGGGAUAAAGAGCAUGGCGGCCUCUUCUACUUCCUGGAUGUUGACGGUCACUGCCCCACACAGUUGGAAUGGAAUAUGAAGCUGUGGUGGCCCCACUGUGAGGCCCUCAUCGCCUUCCUGAUGGCCUACAGUCACACCAGGGAGCCCGCGCUCCUGCACAGGUUCUCUGAAGUCUUUGAAUACACCUUCAAGAAUUUUCCUGAUGCUCAGAAAGGCGAGUGGUUCGGCUAUUUGACACAAGAAGGGAAAGUGGCACUGGAUUUUAAAGGAGGCCCCUUUAAAGGGUUCUUCCAUGUGCCUCGCUGCCUGUACAUGUGUGAGCGUAUUCUGGAUGAUAUGCUGGCAAACAAGGACCGAGCAUUUUGACAUGAUUGUUCACAACAACAACAAAAAAUCAGAAACAUGAUCAUCAAAAAUGUGUUUAUAUGUAAAAAUGUGUCUUACAAAUGCAGCAUACUAAAUGUUUAAACCAGCUUUGAAGACCUUUUUAUGGAACUUGUAUAAUAUAUCCAGUGGCGUUUUUAUAUGUACAAAAGUGGUGGGGCACAAAAAACUUAGAUGUCUAUAUAUAAGCUUCUGCAGUGACGUGAUGUGAGGUUCAUGACUGC